GUACAAAAUAAUUCGGAGACAACUUUUCGGCUUCCUCUUCACCACCCUCGACUACAACAAAUUACCGAUUCGCAAAAAGUCAAUCAACACACACGAAUCAAGAUGGCCCCCAAGAAGAACAAGAAGGAUGCCAACAGCAUCAACUCGCGUCUUGCGCUUGUUAUGAAGUCCGGAAAGGUCACUCUCGGCUACAAGUCCACCCUCAAGAGCCUACGAUCCGGCAAGGCCAAGCUCGUCAUCAUCUCCGGAAACACUCCCCCUCUACGCAAGUCCGAGUUAGAGUACUACUCCAUGUUGUCCAAGGCUCCCGUCCACCACUUCUCUGGAACCAACAUCGAACUUGGUACUGCUUGCGGUAAACUUUUCCGAUGCUCCACCAUGGCCGUCCUAGACGCUGGUGACUCCGAUAUCCUCAGCGACCAACAGGCAUAGAUGUAAAUAAGGCAUCAUGGGUCGGCGUUAGGGUUCAUUGGCUGGAGAAAAGGUCAUUAUAACUCGAUAUUCAUGAACGAGUUCGACUAGGAUCUAUUGCAUAUUUGGAGGUACCAAUGCGUCGUUGUCCGUAAAGUUCGCUAGGUAGUCGAUCAGGCCAAUACUGAGCGUCAAAUCAGACAAAACUCGGAUACUUCAGAAACAAUAAAGUGAUACCCAACUGCCAUUUUGGCACAAAGCAUUAUUAGGAGAAUCAAUAUGGCGAAGUCUAUGUGGCCCAUUGUAUCAGCCACCUAUUAUUGCCAUCGGGCUUAAACUAGCACUGUAGUGCAUCUCGGAGUUCUUGAUUAUUACAUUUGUACUGCCCACGUAUAGGUAUUUUUCGUCGUCACCCUUGCAUAAUUUAGCUCUAUAUGUCCAGAACCUCUCCGAUGGGAUAAUCCGUUUAUCCAGAUGACUAGCAAAACAGGCCAUGGCCAUCAAAGAAUACAUACCUAGGCAGCCUAUUCUAUACGAUGGGGCUGUGAACAAUGAUAUAAUGUUCUUUGAGGGUGGCCCUUCGAAUCACGCAUAUGCCAUAAGCUACAUUCAUCCCAUUAGACUUACUUGGAUAAAGAGUUGUACAGCCCAUAGGUAAUCUACAAGUGCACCUUAAAGUAUAUGCAUU